UUCACUACGUCUAGAAACGACAGUUAAAAAACAAAAAUAUUAUAUAUUUGUUUCUAAAAAUAUUUUGCUAAGUAUUUUAGUGCAAGUUUUUAACAAAAGCUGUAAUCUGUAAUCGUUAAUGAAAUUAUUAGUAAAGUUAUUAUAUGAGUCUCAAAUAAUCGCUAGCUAAUAAGACUAAGUAACUAGUUAGUUGAUCUAAGCACAAUAUACCUAAAUCAUUUUCGCAGAACUGUCUAAGAGGAGGUUAUUAUAUUAGCUAAUAAUAUGGAUACAGUAGUGAAAAGUAUGCUUGAAGAAGAUCCUGAUGAAGAAAAGAAGAAGGGUCUAGUGCUAUUUGGAAGGGACUUGUCGAAAAUACCAUGCUUCAGGGAGAGUUUUCUAUAUGGUAUAGCAUCAGGUGUUGGAGUAGGAGUAGCAUCAUUUUUAAAAACCUCCAAACCACUUCUCUCCCAACAUAUUGGAGUUGGCACCUUUGCAAUCACCACUCUAGUCUACUGGUCAUAUUGUAGGUAUGAAUGGUCGAGGCAAAGAUUUGACGCUCAAUUGAUGCAAGAAGCUUUGAAAGACAAAAUAAGAUAUGAAGGUACUGUUGUGGAAAAAGAGUUGGAACAGAAAGGUAUUUUAAAAACUGUUUAGUAACUGACUUAUGUUGAUUGCACAGUAAUUUCAUACUCAAGUAUUCAUACCAAAUUCGAAGAAAAAGAAAUGAUGAAGUUAUAUAGUUUGCAAUCAGCAUAGGUUUAUUAAAAUAUUAUAUUAGGUGUGUAAUUAGACUACGCUUAAAAAAUAUGGUUGUCUUAACUUUUAACGUUAUGUAAUUAUGUAUGUAUUUUUUUUACAAAGUCUUUUUGUUGAAGUUUUAGUGAACAAUCAAACAAUCUGUAAUUGAUUAACACACAAAUGUUUAAGAAUAUUUUCAUAAAAAGUUACUGUUGAAGCAACUUUGUAAUAUUUAAUGAUAUUGAAAAAAUAAAAUAAUCAUAGGGGCUAAUACAGUUGUAUAUAAAUGCAUUAACUAAAUAGGUCAAAUAUAGUGUAGCAUAAUGUUAAUUAUUAUUUUCAUAUGUAACCUCUAAUAAUAUGUACUAAAUAGACAAAUCUAAAUCUAGUGCUAUCCUUUUCUGAAAAAUGCAUUAUAAAAGGGAUAGCUACAUUUAGACCUGUCAUUUUAAUUUAGAGAUUGUUUACAACAGAAGUAUCAGCAAUGCAUAAUAUUCCUCUAAGAUCUUAUGCAAAGCAAAUCACUGUUUUGUAUAGCGGUAGUUUAUGGGGCUAGAAUUUAUCAUUAAAGAGAAUAAUUAAAAAAAAAAUCAUGAUUUUUAUUUAUUUUAACAUAAUUAAUUAUUUAACGUCACACUGUAAGAAAAGCGAUUAAUGACGGCGCGUCACAAAUCGUACCUACCUAAACAAAAAAUAUUUUUCAAUUUUUUAACAUAAAAAUUCUGUAAUUUCUGUGGGAAAAUGUUUAUUUUUCAACUACACCUUGUGACGUCAUUAAUCGCUUUCCGUAUUGUGUGACGUUAGUAAAAUUAUGUUAAAAUAAAUAAAUAUCAUGACUUUCAGUCAGUUAGUCAAGACAAAUUUUCAGAUUUAACAAUAGGUAUAUAUUUCAGUAUUGUGAAGAAUGUUGCAUUCUUGCUUUUAUGACUAACUGUAUAGCAUUUUUUACCUUAUUGCUUAUAUUUUGUAUUUUAUGUAAAGAACUUAGAUGUUAUGUAGGUAGAUUGUUUUAAUAAAUUGUUGAAAUUAAAAUCAGAAUUAUUAAUUAGGGUUCUGUACCAACUCCA